AUGCACAGCCUGGUCCUACUGUUGCUGCUCUACACCACGGGUGCCUGGGCCUUCCCUGUGACACUGGCAGACACGGAAGAGGAAGACAUGGAGAUUGUCCAGAAAUAUCUGGAAAACUAUUACAUCCUUAAGAAUGAUGGGGAACAAAUUGAAAGGCAGAGAAACAGAGGUCCAGUGACUGAAAAACUGAAAGAAAUGCAGAAAUUUUUUGGGCUGAAAGUGACUGGGAAAUGGGACGCCGAGACCCUCAGGAUAAUGAAGCAGCCGAGAUGUGGGGUGCCCGAUGUAGCCUCCUAUCAGCUCACUCCCGGGACCUCGGGCUGGAAGCACACACACCUGACAUACAGGAUUGAAAAUUACACACCUGACAUGCCCCGCGCAGAUGUUGACCAUGCCAUUGAGAAAGCCUUUGAACUCUGGAGUAAAGUCUCUCCCCUGACCUUCACCAAGGUCUUUCAGGACCCAGCGGACAUAAUCCUUUCCUUUGUCUGGGGAGAUCACAGAGACAACUCUCCCUUUUAUGGGCCUGAUGGAGAUCUUGCCCAUGCUUUCGGACCAGGACCAGGACUGGGAGGGGAUGUUCAUUUUGAUGAAGAGGAAACGUGGACCAACAAUUUUAAAAAUUACAACUUGUAUCGUGUUGCUGCUCAUGAGCUGGGUCAUUCCCUUGGACUUUCUCAUUCUACUGAUAUCGGGGCUUUGAUGUAUCCCACUUACAUCUUCAGCGGCAAUGUGCAGCUCUCCCAAGAUGACAUCAAUGGCAUCCAGGCCCUAUAUGGACCUUCUAAAAAUCCCAACCAGCCAACAGGCCCACAAACCCCAAAACCGUGUGACAGUAAGCUCACCUUUGAUGCCAUCACUACGAUUCGGGGAGAAAUCAUGUUCUUCAAAGACCGGUUCUACAUGCGCAAAAGUGAUUACUAUCCAGAAGUAGAGCUCAAUUUCAUUUCAACUUUCUGGCCCAGUCUUCCCAGUGGACUUCAAGCUGCUUAUGAAGUUGCACACAGGGAUGAAAUCCGAUUUUUCAAAGGUAACAAGUACUGGGCUGCCCAGGGACAAGAAAUGCUAUAUGGAUACCCCAAGGACAUCUACAGAGCCUUUGGCUUCCCAAUAACCGUGAAGAAUAUUGAUGCUGCUGUUUCUGAUGAAGAAACUGGGAAAACGUACUUUUUUGUUGCUGACAAGUACUGGAGGUAUGAUGAAUAUAAGCAAUCUAUGGAUAGAGGCUAUCCCAAAAUGAUACAAGAUGACUUUCCUGGGAUUGGUGGCAAAGUUGAUGCAGUUUUCAACAGAAAAGGUUUCUUCUAUUUCUUUCAUGGAACAAGGCAGUACAAAUUUGAUCCUAAAACCAAGAGAAUUUUGAGUCUCCAGAAAUCAAAUAGCUGGUUCAACUGCUGA